AUGGCCGACAGCUUCAAUGCCGCCGGCCAAAGCCAGCGCCUGCGCGUCAUCAUGUUCGGCGCCAGGCAAUACGAAGUCGCCGCCUUCCGCAACGAGAUGAAGCUCUCUCCUGAAACUCAGCUACUCGACAUCGUCUUCGUUUCUGCUCCUCUCGACAAGAGCACUGCCACUCUUGCAGCGGGCGCCAAAGCUGUCUCCCUUUUCGCAAACGACUAUGCUGAUGCCGCCAUAUUGCAAAUUCUACACGCAUCCGGUGUAGAGCUUAUCACGCUGCGCUACGCUGGUGUCCCCGCUGUGGACCGCAACAAGGUCGCCUCGUUGAAAAUGCGCCUUGCCCCAGCACCCGCCCAUGCCCCAACCUCAAUUGCCGAGUAUACCGUCUUACUCAUACUCUCACUCAACCGCAAAUUACACCUCGCAUACAACCGAGUACGCGAGGGAAACAUGACCAUGCAUGGUCUAGUGGGCUUCGACAUGAAAGGCAAGGUUGUCGGACUCAUUGGGACAGGAAAAGUCGGCACUACAGUCGCCCGCAUACUCAGCGGGUUUGGAUGCAACGUUAUCGCGUUUGACAUGAUCGAAUCGCCUGACAUCAAGCACAUGGGAAUAAAAUACGUCUCCAUUAACACUUUGCUCGCCACUAGCGAUAUCAUUUCGCUGCACGCCCCACUCGUCUCUGGCACCAGGCACAUGAUUGGCGCACAAUCGAUACCACUGUGUAAGAGAGGGGUGCUUCUCAUUAACACCUCCCGGGGGGCCCUGCUGGAUGUAAAGGCUGUCAUCCCUGCUUUGCAGGCGGGGCAGGUGGGAGGGCUCGCCCUCGAUUCGUUUGAGGGCGAAGCUGACCUCUUCUUCCAGGAUCAUACGGGUGUCCAGACAAAUCCUGACUUUCAGCUCCUUAGAUCAAUGCCCAACGUCCUCAUCACCGGGCAUCAGGCAGCCCUUACUACAAAUGCCUUAGCGUCUGUUGCCAAGGCGACCCUGAGAACCCUCGUCCAGUUUGCGAGAGGCGAAGCCUUGGACUACGAGAUCGCCACUACCUGA